AUGUGCCUCGCCGGGCUUCAAACGCUAGAUGAGCUGUCACUGGUGCAGUCAGCACUGCACACGCUUCGGUACCACCGCGGUCUGCGGCUGCAGCUGAUCCAGCAGCUGUGGGCGCAGCUGCAGUCAUCGGGGGCGACGGGGGCGACUCUAGCGGCGGCCGCGGAGGUCCACUGCGGCGAGCGCACCCCGCCACCCACGCCGUAUCCAUCCAGCCCGCCAGAGCCGUUGGCACCGGUCCAGGAGGUGGUGAGCGAAAGCGAGAUGCCCUCUUCUCCGCGCGCUAUCUCGACCGCCUCCAAGCCGCCCGCCGCACUCCCUUCCCCGACGUCCAGUGUGUCGUCGUCACCGCGGCUCGGCCUUGUCACUUUAGGUGACGCUGGCCCUACGCCGGGGGUCAAUGCGCUGCAGCUUCUCCAGAGGAGCACUCAGCAGGUGCUUGAGAGCGCGUGCCGGGGCCUGAUGGAGGGCGGCCAGGCGGGCGGCGUGCGCCGGCGCGGCAGGUCGUUGGUCCACGGCACCAGCGAGCACCGACACGAGCCGCUCUUCAGGCGCCGCUGUCACUACUGCGGUAAGAUUUUCGGAAGCGAUUCGGCUCUGCAGAUACAUGUGCGCUCGCAUACCGGCGAGAGACCCUACAAGUGCAACAUCUGCGGCAACCGUUUCACCACCAAGGGCAACCUCAAGGUGCAUUUCCAGCGUCACAGUGCGCGCUUCCCGCACGUGCCAAUGAGCACCGAGCUGGUGCCAGAGCACCUGGACCAGCUGCAUCCGCCGCUGCUGGCGGCCCGGGAGCCGGCCGUGUACACCAGACUGCUGCCGCGGCCGGGCAUCACCGACAACUCGUGGGAGGCGCUGAUCGAGGUGGCCCACGCCUCCGAGACCUCCAAGCUGCAGCAGCUGGUGGACACGAUCGAGAGUACGGUCACCGAGCCGAACCAGUGCGUCGUCUGCCAGCGCGUGCUCUCGUGUCGCUCGGCGCUGCAGAUGCACUACCGCACGCACACGGGCGAGCGGCCGUUCCGCUGCAGAAUCUGCGGCCGCGCCUUCACCACCAAAGGUAACCUCAAAACACACAUGGCGGUGCAUCGCUGGCGCCCGCUGCUGGUGCUGGGCUUCAGUUGUCGCUCCGAUCCCGACAAUCGCAGUGCAGAUCCCGUCAGACGGUAG